AUGUCUACGGAUACCAUGUAUUUUAAUAGCUCGAGGCUGAUGCCAGCCUCGAGCAAGAACAAGAAUAAUAGUGUUGCAAGAUUGGAUAAAAAAAGUAUUCAGGCCGCAAAGAAAAAUAAGGUUAGGCAGGAAACCAUGGAUGUUAGUCUACCUGAUCCUCAAAUUUUGCCUAAUGGUGAGAAGCCAAAUUUUGGUAACUCAAAAUCUCGCCGAAAAGCAAGAGAUGGAUUGGCUCCCAACAGGAAGAGCAAGAAUGCUACAAAAUCUAAAGUUGCAGCUGAUGAAACGGAUGCAGCCGAGGUGACGCAGCAUCUCAAGGAUAUGUAUUUGAAGUCCGGUGAACCAAAGCCUAAACCCAAAAACAGCAGAAAGAGACAAGAAAAACGGAACAGUAGCACUACCAGUGUAAGCAGUGGUGCUGAUUCAUCCUCUGCAGACUGUGCUCGAUGUGAUGAGACCAGUCGUGAAACGCCAGUUUCGACUCUUUCGGCUAAGUCAGUGCCUCAACCAACCAAGCAAACUUCACCUCCGAUGACAUCACCAACGCAGUAUUCAAACAGUAGUGUUGUUUCGCCACUGCUUAUGAACCCAGGUCUUAACGCUGGUAUAAACGUGGGUAUUAUCUCAGCACGUCCACCAUCAUCACCAGUGUCGCAAACGCAAUUUCAACAACAGCAGCAAAUGCAGCAACCACAGCAACCGGGCUUCGCCGGAUAUCCAUACGGUAAUUAUUCCUUUGCGUCACCAUUUAAUGCACCUCAGUUUAUGGCACCACAAACGCCUUUGAUGAAUCCUAUGUAUCCGCAGCCAUCUUUGCAUCAGUUACCGGUGAUGUACAGAGCGCUUGACAUUCAACAACAUCAAAUGGAACAAAAUUAUUUGCAACAAGCCCAAAAUCACCCAUAUCAGUCAUUGCCACAAAAUCACCAAUAUCCUCGCCCUGUUAGCGCUCCCUUGGGAUUGGACAAAGUUCCCAAAGUAUUAGAGUCUAGCGCUAUUACUGGUCGUUCAAAGCCAUAUGAGAAUCAGCCUCAUGGAAGUAGUAAAACAUUUGCAGGGGCCUCAUUUGCAUCAAAGGAUCCCAAGGUUCAUAAAUUGCCCAAACCAAGCUUUACAUGA